CUUCCUCAUCUUGCAUGUCCUUGGCAGUUACACCACUCGCCGUUUUCAAGUCUCGGUGUCAGCGUCAGAGGCAUCAUCAUCAUCGCAAACAGCCGGUCAGGCUCAAAGGCCAUUUCGGCCCCCGCACCCAGAAGAUCGACGGCCCCGUCAUCGGGAUCGACUUGGGCACGACCUACUCUUGUGUGGGCAUCUACAAAAACGGUCGCGUCGAGAUCAUCCCGAAUGACCAGGGGAAUCGCAUCACCCCCUCUUACGUCGCUUUCACGGAAGAGGAGCGCCUGAUCGGUGAGGCCGCUAAGAACCAGGCGACCAUCAACCCAUCGCAGACGCUUUUCGACGUGAAGCGCUUGAUCGGGCGUCGCUUCAAGGAUUUCACGGUACAGAAGGACAUGAAGUUGUUGCCGUUCAAGAUCGUCGACAAGGGUGGGAAGCCUUUCAUCAAUGUGAAGGUGAAGGGAGAGGCCAAGGACCUGCAGCCGGAGGAGGUCUCCGCCAUGAUCUUGACGAAGAUGAAGGAGACUGCUGAGAAUUACCUGGGCAAGGAGGUCAACCACGCAGUGGUCACCGUGCCAGCGUACUCCAACGAUGCGCAGAGGCAGUCCACGAAGGAUGCGGGCACCAUCUCUGGUAUGAACAUCCUCCGCAUCAUCAAUGAGCCUACGGCAGCGGCGAUCGCGUAUGGUCUGGACAAGAAGACCGAGAAUAACAUCCUCGUAUACGAUUUGGGCGGCGGUACUUUCGACGUCAGCUUGCUCACCAUUGACAACGGUGUGUUCGAGGUGGUCGCCACCAGCGGCGACACGCACCUGGGCGGUGAGGACUUCGAUCAGCGAGUGAUGGCGCACUUUGUCAAGGUCUUCCAGAAGAAACAUGGCAAGGACAUGUCCAAGAGCCAAAAGUCUAUCCAAAAGCUCCGCCGCGAGGUCGAGAAGACAAAGCGUGCCCUGAGCUCCACGCAGCAAGCCCGCAUCGAGAUCGAGGGGCUCUUCGAAGGCGUGGACUUCUCCGAGACGCUUUCGCGCGCUCGCUUCGAGGAGAUCAACGCCGACUUGUUCAAGAAUACCAUUGGCCCCGUCAAGCAGGUCUUGGAUGACUCUGGCCUCAAGAAGAACCAGAUUGACGAGAUUGUGCUCGUCGGGGGUUCCACGCGCAUCCCGAAGGUGCAGCAGCUGAUCAAGGAGUUCUUCAACGGCAAGGAGCCGAACCGCGGUAUCAACCCGGACGAGGCGGUGGCCUAUGGAGCCGCUGUGCAGGCUGGCAUCUUGAGCGGCGAGGGUGGCCAGGAUCUCUUGCUGCUCGAUGUCACUCCUCUCACGCUGGGUAUCGAAACCGUGGGAGGCGUGAUGACCAAGCUGAUCGGCCGGAACACCGUAAUCCCGACCAAGAAAUCGCAGAUUUUCUCCACAUACCAGGCGCAGCUGCUGGCCCAGCAGCAGCAGAUAGCGGACCUGCUGGCGACGGUGCAGCAGCUACAAGCUCAGCAACGACAGCAGCAGCAGCAGGCCCAACCAGCAGCACCAGCAGUGCGCAUCGCGCAGCGCUUCGAGGGCGUGCUAGACGCCAAUAUCAUAGGGAAGGUCAAGCAGUUCGACGGGGCCAGAAGCGGCUGGUCAACUUGGGAGUUUCACUGGAGAGCUUACAUGGUGGCCAAUGACAAGCGCUACAGGGAGUUCUUCGACAAGCUAGAUGAGAAGAACCUAGAGCAUCUCGACGACGCCAAGAAUGCCACCAUGACUGUCGACGACGUGGACUGGGAAGACCUCCCGACACAGCUCUACUACAUGCUAGUGCUGGCGAUGCCAGAAGACCCUGCAGGAGAGACCAUCAUGCGCAACGUGUUGCACGGUGAAGGUGGUCAAGCAUGGGUACGCCUGAAGGCCGAGUCUGCGCCCAACGAGCCUGGCAAUGUGGUCGCGCGCAUGAGGAAGUUGAUGUCCACGCAGUUUCCGACGGGCGCGGGCGUGGCCAACGAGAUAGAGAAGCUGGAUCUCGAGAUCAGCAAGUACGAGAAGGCGGCCGACGAGCAGGUGAGCGACAACAUCAAGAAGGGGAUCUUGCUCGGCGCGCUGCAGAACGAGAGCGGCUUGCAGAAGCACGUCUUCCGCAACCUUCGCAACUUCGCCACUUACCUCGAGGUGAAGAAUGAGGUCCUGAGCGCCCGGAAGGCCCAGCGUAGCUUCGAUGGCGACCCGAUGGAGAUCAAUGCGUUGAAAGGGAAGUCGAAGGGAAAAGGAAAGGGCAAGGGCGACAAGGGCAAAGACAAGAGCAAGAACAGGUUCGAGCCGAAGGCGAAGGGCAACCCGAACCACCCGAGGAAGUGGUGCAGUCGCUGCGAGAAGCCGAAUCACGUCAAAGACGACUGCCGCAAGUUCAAGCGCGAGACGGAAGCCAAGGCCGAGGCAAAGAAGAAGGCCAAGGGCGAGAAGAAGCAGCGGGGAGCCACGACGGCAGCACUUGCCGCAGCGGGAGCUCAGGGGCCUCGCGGAGCUCAUCAUCCGCAGGGCCCGAGCACCAACCCGAGUUCGCAGACGUCGACACCCAACACAGUGCACGCGAUGACGCAGCUGACGGGACCAGGCUCCUCGGGAGCAACGUCGACGGCGAGCGCGCUACCCACGAUGCCGCUAAGGAUGCGAGGGGUCAACGGUCUCUUCGCAGAUCAGGACACGAUCCAGCCGAAGUACAUCUUUGCCCUGUCGGUGGAGAUGUCGAAGCAGAGGUCGAGGUCCGCGGAUCACGCGCGCUCGAGAGGCAGAGAUGACGGAGACAGUGUUCGUAUCGCGGCCGCGCGUGGAGUCCAAGGGAUCAUGAUCGUUUCUGGAGCUCAGGUCACCGCGUUCCCCUACAAGAUGCUGAAGGACAAGGGCUACGAGCUCGCCAGCUCGACGGACGUCCGACUCAAGACGGGUCAGGACGUGAUCCAGAUCUCGGCCCAGGCCGCCGACGUUGAGUUCCCCGUGAUGUCUACCGACGCGAUCACCAAGCAAGGCAAGUCGGUCAUCCACUCCCCAUUGGGCGACUGGAUUGUAGACAGCCCGAUCUCACCCCCGACGGCAGCGAGCUCGAUCAAACUGACGAAGGAUCGAGGCACGUGCUACUUGGAGUACGACGAGAUGCUGGACAGCGGGGCCACAGGCAAACGCGCGGUGCGCAUGGCGGCCAUUGCCGAGCCAGACUACUUCGAGGAGGUCGGCGACGAGCAGCUCGGCGAGCAGCUGUGCAUCGGCGCGACGCGCAAGACCCUGCCAGCGCAGGACGCCCCCCACGAGACGAGCUCAGAGCAGAAGAAGGAGGGCGAGUACCCCGUUGUGGAGAUGGACUUCUUCUUCGUGGCUACGGACGAGAUCGCCGGGAAGUACACUAUGAUGAAUGGCUACGUCGUCAAGGUCGUUGACUUUCGGAAGCUCGAGCAGAAGGGGCGGGGAGAGAUGCCCGCGAUCCUGAACGUCGCGGACUGCAGGUCCAACGCGUCUGCCGCGCUGUUCGGCUCCAAGCAGAUGGGGCGACUACAAGGCUGCAAGCUCGAGCUCACGGACUCCAUCCUCGCCUUCCUGGCCAACACGGUCGCGGAGGUCGGCGAGCAGGCAUGGCGCCGCAUCGCGCCCCGCGCUGCAGCGGGCCAGGGCAAGUUCGAGGCGCGCUUCGCCAAGGGCAUCUGGGUUGGCAAGUCGGAGUUUGACGACCAGCACCUGGUGGUGGACUUGCAGCGGGGCCUCCUGAAGGUGCGCGCAGUCCGCCGCAUGCCCGAGGAGUUUCGCUGGAACGCCGAGCUUAUCAAGCAGAUCGACGUCGCGCCCUGGGCCCCAGUACCUGAGAGAGUGAGGUCGACUAUCAGGAAGUCCACGUAUAUUACCGAGAACAUGCUGAACGCGCAUGGCCCGACGGACAACUGCCCCAAGUGUUCCUACGGAAAGGGCCAGCGCAGCGACCAGCGCAGGGGCCUGUUCAAUCUCGAGCAGCCGCAGACGGAGCCACAGGGCAGCUCAGCCGUUGGCACAGGCCAGCACUCCAGCAUCGGCCGCAGCUCCCACCUCACCCACGCCUGCGGCCGCAUCCGCUACACACGGGAGAUCAUCGAGCCGAACAAGCGACAGCGGAUCGGCACCCUGGUGAAGGCACCCGAGGUGGUGGUCCUCGCAGGCCUCUCGGUCUGUGAGCUGGCAGUCUGCGAGGCGGGCGAUGGCCAGGAGGAGGACCCGCCUUGGGACGUGAUCCCGAAGGCAGCUGAGCGGUGCGACGGCCUGUGCGAGGGCCAUGUGGGGCGCUGCGCUUACCGAUGCGAUCACGACGGAGAGGGCGCGCGCAGGAGGCGCCUCAUCGGAGCUGCCAAGAAUCUCAACCCUGACGCGGAGGUCGCGGCUAGCCUGCGCGCGCUGUGGUCGAGACGUCGGACAUCUGAACAGUGCGACUGGAGCCAGGAGCCCGAGCCUGCCGCGAAUAUCCACUACGAUUACUACACUGGAGAGCCCCUCGACGAAGUCAAGUACCAGAAGGGCAAGGCAGAUGAACUCCAGGCCAUGGCCGAGUGCGGCGUGCACCGCAAGAUCCGCAUCGCCGACUGCGUGCCUGGAGGCAAGCAUGUGGGAGGAUUUCCUAUUGCUCUUGAAAAGGCUGGCGAGGUGCGUUGGUGCUUCGUGGCGACCGAGGUGGCCCAUCAGCAUCGAGAGGGCAACCGCCAAGGCACCCCGCCGCUGGCGAUGAUCAGAUCGAUCCUGAGCUUAGCCGCCGGCAAGCCAGACAAGGACGGGGAGCACAGACGGUGCAUCCGCAUCUGGGAUGUCCGCAAGGCGCGGGGCGAGAACGUGAAGGCUACCUCGGACGACGCAGGAGGCAAGGCUUUGAAGGGUGCGCCAGGCAUGUUCUACUUUGCCAACCUCUGCGGCGACGGCAACGACGCUACGAUGGGGGUGCAUGGCGACGACAUCAUCGCAGAGGGCCACGUCGCGACGUUGGACCAACUAGACGAAGUCUUGAGCACGGAGUACGAGAUCACAUCAUAUCCUCCACUCGGUCCUGCACAUCCUGGGGCGGCCCGCUACCUCAAGCGCAGCUGCGGCUACGACGAACAACUGCCCGAGACACUACUGCCAGGCUUCUUCUGGCACGCCGACCCGAAGCACGUUUCGGAGAUCAUCAAGUUCGGUUCCAAGGAGGGCGCGAAGAUGUUCGACACGCCUGGCACCAAGGCGAUAGGAGCUCAGCUACGCAACGCACUGGACCUGAUGCCCACGGCGGAGGGGCUCCGGCGCGUCAUCCAGGAGCUGGCGAGUGGCCGGCAAAACGAUAUCAAGCUGCGCAGCCAGAGCGACGAGUUCAUCAUGCGGAACAACCCCAUGAUCAGUUUAUUCCAGAAUGUGGACUUGGACAUGGACAACGCCAUCAUUGUGGUCCACAGGCGCAAGAUCUCCAAAGGCGAAUCCCGCAUCUGCUUUAUCGUGAGGCACGGAAAUGCCGAAGUUCCUCGGCAGCACGGCGAGAACCAUGCCUUCGUUCCAGGCAUGGCCGCGCGCCUUGUCGGCCUCAAGGCUCGGCCACUGCUGAACGGAUGCAAAGGCGUCAUGAGCUUUUACGACGACGCUGCGGGCCGCCGGACCAUCAAGAGUGGCGCUGAGGCCGUCUGCGUCAAGGUAUCUUGUCUCGAGCCAAUUGGCUCCCGCGCGAAGCGGUCUUGUGGCGUCGCGUUCCAGACGACCGCCUUCGAACGCCAACAUCGGGGCCCAGCUGCCAACGACCAGGUGUUCCAGCUGUUGUGCGAGCUUGCUGCUCGAGAAGGACAACCCAUGGAAGCCGCGUUUUUACUGCUUCAAUUCAGCGACGCGGCCGCCUUCGGCGAGAUGCAUUGCCGCAUGGCCGCCAGGAGCCCUGAGAUCGUCCGCCAGUGA